AUGGAAUCCGACGGUAGGCUCAAGGCCUACAAAUUCGUGGCUUAUGCCGCAGUCACAUUCUCUAUUGUGGCCGUUGCUUCGGUCGUGCUCACACUUCCCAUGGUCUACAACUAUGUGUCGCACGUCAGACAGCAGAUGCACCACGACAUCGCCUUCUGCAAGGGAUCCGCUAAGGAUAUCUUCGCUGAGGUGAACUACAUGAAGGCCAACUCCGGCCCAGUUCCACCACGCAACCGUACCGCCCGUCAGGCUUACGGAGGACCAGAAGUCAACCCAGCUCCAAACCUCCAAUGCGAGGGAUGCUGCUUGCCAGGACCACCAGGACCGGCUGGAGCCCCAGGAAAGCCAGGAAAGCCAGGAAAGCCAGGAGCGCCAGGAACCCCAGGAACACCAGGAAAGCCACCAGUCGCCCCAUGCGAGCCAACCACUCCACCACCAUGCAAACCAUGCCCACAAGGACCACCUGGACCACCAGGACCACCAGGAGCCCCAGGAGACCCAGGAGAGGCUGGAACCCCAGGACGCCCAGGAACCGAUGCCGCCCCAGGAUCGCCAGGACCACGUGGACCACCAGGACCACCAGGAGAGCCAGGAGCACCAGGACCAGCCGGAGAGCCAGGAACCCCAGCCGUCUCGGAGCCACUCACCCCAGGAGCCCCAGGAGAGCCAGGAGAUGCUGGACCACCAGGACCACCAGGACCACCAGGAGCCCCAGGAAACGAUGGACCACCAGGACCACCAGGACCAAAGGGAGCCCCAGGACCAGACGGACCACCAGGAGUCGACGGACAAGCUGGACCACCAGGACCACCAGGACCAGCCGGAACUCCAGGAGAGAAGGGAAUCUGCCCGAAGUACUGCGCUUUGGACGGAGGAGUGUUCUUCGAGGACGGAACCCGCCGCUAA